AGCAUCAAGUAUUAUAUGCCAGCGAUUGUUCAGGGGGAGAGGGCUGUGCGAAAUGUUUCCAGCUUCAAAAAAUCUACCAUUGAAAGUUUAAUUCCUGGAAAGAAAUACAAAAUUCUGAAUGCCACUAGCCACCCCACAUUUGGCAUUGAGCUCAAGGCGGACUCGGUCAUAAUGGACACCUCAUUCGAACUGACCAAGGAGGAAAAACAAAUCAGAAAUUAUUUUUUUAAUCCUACAACCUACAACAUGGCUGACGCAUCGUCAUUUGCUAACAGCACACGACUGUCGCUUGGCCCGGUCCAAGUAAAAAGCAUUGGUGAGACGGGAGUGGUGUCCACCGGUUCGCAAAGAAGGGAGGUGCAGCUGUCCAUGGACGGUCGGUCUGCUCUCCUUACCCUCUGGGGUAAGGAGACAGACCUGGAAGUCGUUGCUGAGGACAUGUAUAUUGUCCGAAAUAUAGUCCCCAGUAACGACUUCAAUAAGCAGAGGUGCUACUCGUCCACCCCUCUGACAAAGUUCGAGACAUAUGAAUGCACAGAACUCCAGGAAACAUUUGAGGGGGUGGUCGAGUCUGUGUCCUUUGCCAGCAAUCUCAUUGAGAUUAACGAUAUGAUGCUGACAAUAUCGAAGGACAACCUUGCUAAGAUUUUUCCAGGCAGACAAUUCAGUCCGGUAAAGGUUACCGGACUGAAAAGAAAUGGAGAAAUUUGUGAAAUAGAUGUGAAGAAGGCCAAAAUGUGAGAAACUGUGAGAGUCAUUAAAGUACCUUGAUCCAAAG